UUCUGCUUCCACCUUCCAUUUUCUCACUUUCUCUCAAACCCACAUACAAAUGGCUUGCUCUUUCUCUCUAACCACCUCUUCUUCUUCUCUGUUCAUUGCUCUGCUGUUAAUAUUAUCAGCAGCAGCUUCAGCUCAGCUAUCUCCAACAUUUUACUCUACUUCCUGCCCAAACGCUCUCUCAACCAUUAAAGCUGCUGUUCAAUCCGCUGUAGCUAAUGAGAAACGUAUGGGGGCGUCGCUGCUCCGCCUUCAUUUUCAUGACUGCUUCGUCCAAGGUUGCGAUGGCUCUGUCUUGCUGGAUGACACAUCCUCGUUUACCGGAGAGAAGACUGCGGGACCAAAUCAGAACUCAAUUAGGGGAUUCGAUGUGGUCGAUAAUAUAAAGAAACAGGUUGAAGCUAUCUGCAAUCAGCCCGUCUCAUGUGCUGAUUUUUUAGCCGUUGCGGCUCGUGACUCCGUUGUUGCGCUUGGUGGGCCAUCAUGGACAGUGCAACUUGGGAGACGAGAUUCAACCACAGCAAGCUUGAGCCAAGCCAACAGUGACAUUCCCAGCCCAAAUUCAAACCUCAGUGCUCUAAUUUCAUCAUUCUCCAAGAAAGGCCUCUCCACAAAUGACAUGGUUGCCCUUUCUGGUGCUCACACAAUUGGUCAAGCAAGAUGCACUGUAUUUCGAACUCGUAUCUACAACGAAACUAACAUUGACGCCUCCUUUGCAACCUCUGUGAAAAGCAAUUGUCCAAGCACUGGUGGAGACAACAAUCUCUCUCCUCUUGAUCUGCAGACUCCCACAACAUUCGAUAAAAAUUAUUAUAAUAAUUUGGUGAACAAAAAGGGAUUGAUGCAUUUUGACCAACAACUCUUUAAUGGGGGAUCUACAGAUUCUUUGGUGAACACUUAUAGCAUGAAUCCUUCAAGGUUCUAUAGCGACUUUGUGACCGCAAUUGUGAAGAUGGGAAAUAUCAGUCCUCUCACAGGAAGCCAGGGGCAAAUCAGACUCAACUGUAGGAAGACUAAUUAAGAAUACCUUAAGCUAUGUUUUCAAGUGAGCCUGACAUUUUAUAGAAAGUAUAUGUUGUUCUUUUGAAACCAAAAUUCUAGUUUUUAAAGUUACGUAUUCAUCUUUUCGAAAGCCAUACAUAGCCUUCAAGAUGUAUUCCUCUCAUUUUGUUGUGCUACCUAGCAAGGGCUAAUGUAGCAAGUUGUGUACUUCCUUAACAUGCAAGGAAUAAACUAAGGUGUUUUUUUG